UACAAAGUGAUUGUCCGAAUCCCCUGCACUCCUGAGCGCACUCUGAGAGAGAGAGGGGGGACAAAGAGGGUCAGUCUCUCUAUACAGUCUUCAUUUCAGUAAGAUCCCAAAGAACAACUUUAUGACUCCGACCAUGCGUCUGGUGAUUGUCGUCCUGUCUGCCCUGCUUCCACUCUCGCUCUCCCAUGGACGAGACCCUUUGUCUUGGCUGUACGGCCGACAGAGCCAAGGAUACUUUGCCUCCCUGCAGGCGGACAUCGCAAGUGGGUGGUGUCCCGAUGAGUGUGACUGCCCCCCCGCCUUUCCUAUAGCCAUGUACUGUGAUGGCCGGGGUCUGACAGCCAUGCCAUCCAUUCCCUCACAUAUCAAAUACUUGUACCUUCAAAACAACGCCAUCACUGCCGUGUCUGACUCCGCCCUGAUGAAUGCGACCAAUCUAGUGUGGCUUAUGAUGCACCACAACCAGCUGACAUCUGAGGCCAUUGGCAAGAAGGCAUUUCUGAAUUUGGAGCAACUGGAGCGUGUCUAUCUACAGCACAACAAUUUGACCAGCAUUCCUUCCAACCUUCCUCGCUCUCUGCGAGACCUGAGACUCAAUCACAACAAGAUUGAAAAGGUAACACCAGUAGACCUAGAAGGAAUGGACAACCUCACUAUCCUGUAUCUUCACGAUAAUGUGGUCACGGACAUGAGCACAUCACUGAAGGCCCUGACAUCUCUCACAAUGCUGGAUAUCAGUAGCAACCAUUUGACAAAGGUCCCAGAGUCCCUGCCUGAAAAUCUGCACCAGCUCUACUUGGAGUUCAACUCCAUUGACUCUGUACCAGAGGGAUUCCUAAAUCGUUUCAGACAGCUGCAGUAUGUCAGGAUGUCCCACAACCAGAUAAAAGACAACGGGAUCCCUCCCAACACCUUUAAUGUGACCGGGCUGGUGGAGCUGGACCUGAGCUUCAACAAACUGGAGAGAAUCCCACUCGUGAGCGCCACACUGCAACAUCUCUAUCUGCAGGCAAACCAGAUCAAAGAGUUCACUCUGGGAAGUUUCUGCAGUGCUGUGGAUGUGACCAGCUUCUCCAAACUGCUGACGCUGCGAUUGGACGGGAACGAGAUCAGUCGUGGGGACCUUCCUUCAGAGUCAUCCCAGUGUUUGAGGAUGGCUUCCACCAUUGAGGUCUAACUGUACAUGGGAUUGAAACACUGUCAGCGCUUCAGUCGUGCUCCUGGGAGGUUGUUGUGGCUUCAGUUGUCCACCAGAUGUCACCAUCACUGAAGCGUUAUUAUUUUUUCCUCUUUCCUGCUACUUUCCGUGAGCCUAGCCGCUCCCACUUUUCAUUGGAUACUGUAAAACCAUCUUCCUUUCUUCUCCUCCUCCCAUUGUUUUUGCCAUCUCUCCUUUAGUUUUUGUUUAAUGAUGCUGUUCAUUUCUGUUUUGCUUAAUGUUAUUGCUAAAUCUAUAUUAUUAUGUACCACCUUGUCUGCUAUUUCGUUCCCUUUAACCCCAAUGUGUGCUGGUAUCCAUAAACAUAUUACUGUGAGUCCCAUCAUCUGAAUUCUAUAUAAUGUUUGUUGUAUUUCUUGGCGGAGAAAAGCAUACAGUGUAGUGCAUGAAAAUACGCUGUUGCAUUUGUUUGAAUUAUGCUAUAUAUUGUUAUAUAUUGUUUUUUUGUCAAUGUCGCGACUGUAGAUCCUCUUUUUUUUGCACACUGAAAUCAACUUUCCUUAGAGACUUAGAAAAAGAUCAGGCUACACUGGGAAAAGUAAAGUAGUAGAGACUCAGACAUACAGAGGGCUUUGUGUGCUAUGAUUCUUGAGUUAACAUUGCAUGAACUGACUAUCAUAAUUAUGUUGUUUAGAAUAAAUAAAACCAAAACUGA